AAAAGGAUGAUUCUGUAGCUGUAGUGACGGUAGUUGACGGUUUAAAUUCCAGUCUCCUGCAUGAGCAAAUCUUCUAUCUGCUUCAAAUUUUUGGUAUAUUGAUCUGUGAUCUCAAUCUGGUAUCUCCAUUUUCAUUGUUCAGAGUUCUUCGGAGAUUGUUCCGAAGGUUUGCCACUAUUUGAAGCAACCGGAGAACUACUGGGAAAACCAGAUACCAUGGCGGAUCUGAUUCCACCACCACACAGAUCGGCCAACGACCUCUUUUCCGAUCCACUUGAUUCUCAUCCUCUCUGGUUCAAGCCCGACCUAUUCCUCUCCCCCAAUUUUGAUUCGGAGUCGUACAUUUCUGAGCUUCGAACAUUUGUCCCAUUUGACACCCUCCGAUCUCAGCUCCACUCUCAUCUUUCCGCUCUCAACCGUGAGCUCAUUGAUUUGAUCAAUCGUGACUAUACCGAUUUUGUCAACCUGAGCACAAAGCUUGUCGAUGUGGAAGCGGCAGUCGUGCGAAUGCGAGCUCCUUUGGUUGAACUAAGGGAGAAAAUUGAGCAAUUCAGGGGUUCCGUGGAGUUCUCUCUUUCAGCUUUGCAAAAUGGAUUGCGGCAGAGAUCAGAGGCAGCUUCAGCCAGAGAGGUCUUGGAAUUGUUGCUUGAUACAUUUCACGUCGUGUCGAAGGUUGAAAAACUAAUCAAGGAGCUUCCAAGUGCACCUGCUGAUGGCUCAAAUGGAACUAUGAAUUUAACAGAUAAAAGUGGAUUAAGUAAUGGUGCUUCUUUACCACACAUCGAGAACGGAACAAAUCUUAGGGAAACACAAAGCAUGCUCUUGGAAAGAAUUUCCAGUGAAAUGAACCGGCUAAAAUUUUACAUCGCUCAUGCACAGAAUCUUCCCUUCAUUCAAAAUAUGGACAAGAGGAUUCAGAGUGCCAGCCUUUUGUUGGACACGAGCUUGGGACAUUGUUUUGUUGAUGGACUUGCACAUCACGAUGAAAAUGCUAUUUACAACUGCCUACGUGCCUAUGCUGCCAUAGAUAACACCACAAGUGCUGAAGAAAUUUUUCGCAGUACUGUUGUAUCACCAGCAAUUCAUAAAGUUAUUCCUCAUAAAGUGUCUGGCAUGGACACUGGGUCAUCCGAUGAUGAUUUGGAGAAUGAUUACAAGCAAAUGAAGCAAUAUAUUGAUAAAGACUGCAAAUUUUUGUUAGAAAUAUCUGCUACAGAAAACUCAGGACUACAUGUAUUUGAUUUCUUGGCUAAUUCAAUCCUGAAAGAGGUUCUCUCUGCUAUCCAAAAGUCAAAACCAGGUGCAUUUUCCCCAGGGAGACCUACUGAAUUCUUGAAGAACUACAAGUCGAGCCUUGAUUUCUUGGCAUACUUGGAAGGCUAUUGUCCAUCCAGAUCUGCUGUUGCUAAAUUUCGAGCAGCAUCUGUAUAUAAUGAGUUCAUGAAGCAAUGGAAUAUCGGGGUUUAUUUUUCUCUGAGGCUUCAGGAAAUAGCUGGAGCUUUGGAUUCGUCACUGUCAGCACCUAUUCUAACCCCCGUACAAACUUCAUCUUCUGGCCGGGGAAACAAUCAGGAUCUAACAUUAAAGCAGAGUGUAAUGCUUCUAGACUGCCUGACAGCAUGCUGGAGAGAUGAUGUUCUUGUCCUUUCUUGUUCUGACAAGUUUCUUCGUCUAUCUUUGCAGCUCCUUUCAAGAUACACUAACUGGUUGUCGUCUGGUCUAGCUGCCCGUAAAACGGGUACAGGCUCCCAUCCAGGUUCAGAAUGGGCUGUAGGAGCUACCCCUGACGAUUUAAUAUAUAUAAUCCAUGACCUUGGUUAUCUAUACACGGUGGUAACUGGUAACUUCUUGGAAACUGUACUUCAGCUUCUAUCGUCAUGCACUGUAGAUGUUCUUGAUUCAGUAAAGCAGAGCAUUUUGCACGGUGGAAAGUCAUUGUAUAAUUUAAUGCCCAAAGUUAUUGGUGCCAUAGUUGCUUCACUGGUUGAGAAGUCUGUUGAGGACUUGAGACAGCUGAAGGGUAUUACAGCAACAUACAGGAUGACCAAUAAACCACUACCUGUAAGGCAUUCACCCUAUGUAUCAGGGUUGCUACGCCCUCUGAAGGCCAUAUUGGAUGGAGACAGGGCGUCAACUUUUUUGACAACGGAAACAAGGACUGCACUGUUGACCGAUGCUGUGACUGAGAUUACUUCUCGUUAUUAUGAGCAAGCAGCUGAUCUUGUUAGCUUGGCUAGGAAAACAGAUUCGUCACUCCAGAAAAUUCGGCAGGGAGUACAAAGACGGGCUGGAGCAAGCUCAGAUGUUUCAGACCAUAACAUCUCCGACACUGACAAGAUUUGCAUGCAACUCUUUCUCGAUAUUCAGGAGUAUGGUCGCAACCUUUCAGCCCUAGGGGUUGAAGCAGCGAGUAUUCCAACAUACCGUUCAUUUUGGCACUUGGUUGCUCCUUCGGACAAGCAAAGCUCCAUUAGUUUCUGAUGUUUCUAUCAUCGGAAUACGUAUACGUUGGCUUUGUGGAUGUUUUUUUCUCUCUAAUUUGGUAAAUUGUUGCUUUUUAUUAUUAUUAUUAUUAUUUUAUAAUGGCAAAUUGUUGUCUUAGUUAUAACUUAUUACUUAGAAUACAUUUUUUCCCUCCCAUAUUGGUCACAGGUGAUGGUGUUCAUAAUGAGAAUCAAAAUUUUGUAGAUUCAACAACGAAGCAUUGAUGGGAUCUGGUUUGAUAGAAAGAUUUAUUCAUAAAUAUGUUAGAAGUUAUAAUUCUGUCUUUACUUCACAUUUUUUUUUCUAAAUAAAUAAAAUAUUAUAUUAUAAGUAUUUCAGCAGGGAUGAAAUUCUAAUUUAUGUGAGCUAUGUUUAGGUUAAUUUCAUCUUGACUUUUUUGUUGGUGUUAAGAAUAUUUGUUUGUUUUUUCUGAAGUUAUUUUGGCUGAUGAAAUGCCAUCAAAAUUAUAUCAUACAAAACUUUCAAGAUUAA